AUGAUGGCAGGCAGCCCCGGCAGCCCCGGCGCUGCUGACAGCAAAAAAGGCAUCAAGCGGACACCGUUGAGAUCCAGCAUCGCCUGUCAGCGCUGCCGCAAGUCCAAGAUCAAGUGCAACAACACGGGCGGCGACGCCCCCUGCGACACAUGUAUCCGGAACGGCAAGGAGUGCACUUACCCCGAGGUGACGCCGGCGCCGCCGAAACGGGCCGAGCCCCCCACUAGCGCCAAGCUGGAACAGGGCUCCGAACGCAAGCGUCAGCGGCGGCUUGAUGAGAUUUCCAAGAUUGACGGUGUCGUCCCUCCUGCCGUCGUUGCCGAGGAGGUCCUCUCCGCACCUUACCUUACCGAGCCAGUCUGGUCCCAGCUGUUCGACAUCUACAGGCUGCAUUUCGCGACUGAGUUGCCCUUCCUGCACCUGGCCACAUUGAAGGAGAAGCUAGGCAGCAGGUUCAGGGCGAAGCCCAGUAACACUUCGCCCGAGAUCAACCUCGUGCUCCUGGUCUCAUACCUCACCGUCUCGCGGAACUCUCCGGCGGUGUCGGGUCCCCCCAAGCCGCGGCCGGCGGCCUCGAGCUCGGACGCAUCAAUCGCGUCUGAAUACUACGCCGAUGUCCUGACCAAGGCGCUUGGUGGUUUGAGGACGAGCAUGACGGUAGCCUCAGUCGAGCGGGUCCAGGCCUUCUUGAUGCUUGGACUUUACGAGUGGAGCCAGGCGCGGCCCAGAGUCGGCGGUAUGGCAGCCUGGAUGUAUGUCGGCGUCGCCAUCCGGAUGGCCCAGGCGCUGGGCCUCGGCGAUGGCGACAGGGAGCCCAAUAAAAUGGUGAGGUCUCGCCCCGUGCAAACAAGUCAGCACUCGAUGCCGCCGGGGCAGAGGAUCAUUGCCAAGGAGAUAAGGAGGCGGACCAUGUUCAGUUGUCUCAUCUUGGACCGUCUGCUAGGCUGCGGCAAGGAUCGGGUAUCGACGAUACGCUCCGAGGACUUGCAGAUCCAGCUGCCGUGUUCCGAAGUCUCGUUCGACCUCUCAGACGAUGUCUACACGGGCUUUCUGAGGCCAGUGCCGGGGCAGCAGAUUAACCGCCCAGUCAGCGACAGCGUCCUCGGCCGGUUCGUGCGCCUGGUCGACCUCUGGGGCGAGAUAUCCAAGUGGAGCUUUGCGGGCGGCCGAUUCACUGAAGAGCACCCGCCCUGGAUGCCUGAAUCCAACUUUUACCAGUUGCGAGAGAAACUGGACGAAUUCUACAGCGAGCUCCCUGACCACUUCCGGUGGUCGGAUAGCAACUACUACAAGCACGAGAACCAUCAGGCCAGCAGCGUCUACGUGUCGCUCCACAUGCUCGGCGCCGUAUGUAGGAUCAUGCUGCACCGCGAAUACAUACCCUUCAUCCCCAUCCUCUGCACCCGGCCGGUCGGGCCCCUCGACGAACCCGUGUUCCCUGAUGGCCAGGAGCCUCCUGGUUUCUGGGACGCCAGCGCCGAAGAGAUAUUCCACGCGGCCAAGGAGAUUGUCGACCUCACCGAGAUAUGCCGCGACAAGCUGCCCAUGUCCUCGCUGGUGCUCUUCGCCGUCUGGACCGCCGCUUUUGUCGGCAUCUACGCCGCCUUCUUCCCGCACAUGGACACAAGGGGGCACAUGCUUCCAAGGGAGGAAAUGGCUGGCGAGCCUCUAGACGUGACCAAGGUUGGCCCGACGGGGCAAACAUACAAGGUGCUGACGCACAUGUCUAUUUGGCUGAAGAUGGCCGAAACGUACGUUGGCUACUUUGGCGAAAUGGCCACGUACUACGAGAGGGUCAAGCGCGACUACGCAAGACACCUGGGGAGCCGACAGUCAGCCGGCGGGGCAGCAGCAGCAACAGCCGGAGGCGGCGAGGGACGGCUCAGCAUGCGGUUGCCCGGGGGUGGCGGCCUGGAGGAAUGGAAGCAGCAGGAGUUCAAGGUAGUCAACAACGGCGCAAUCAUGGCAGACGACGACAAGCAGAGCUCGUCUCGCGACAGCACCGCCGAGCCUGGUUCCGACCACCCGGACCAUGCCAAAACCCCGCGCUCGACCUCCAUGUCCUUUACCCCCAUCAACAGCAGCAGCAGCGUCCCAACCGGCGCCGGUGGAGGGCAAUCAGCAAGGGACUCAGACGCUGCCGAGGCCGCUGCCGCCGCAGAGGCUGCUACCUCGCUCUGGCGGUUCCAGCACAACCAAACCACAGCAACCUCGCAGCAACAGCAGCAGCAGCAGACAGAUUCCCCCUCGCUGUCAGCCACGGCCGGCGCUCCUGCGCUCCCAUCCCCGCAAAUGGCGCACCAGCACCAGCACUCGCAGUCCAACAUCCUCCCCAACUACCCAUCGGGCGAGGUCGCCGUCUACCUGGAGCAGAACCAGAGCAUGCCCUGGUACCUUGCGCCGGGGGGCAUUGACCAGUUUGCGCACGGCACCGAGGAGUUUUUGCCGCUCGACACGGGCAAUCUCUUUUGGGGGAGCAUGCCCCAGGGCGGCAGCCCGCACCACCACGGGCUUAGGAUGGUAUUUUUGGAUUGGUCAGGGGUAUAUUUUUGUCUGCCCGCCCCCUUUUCGAUUCAAAAUCUCCACGUCUGGGCUUUUACGAGGGCGUGGGCGUGA